CUCGGGUGACUUUUCCUUGGCUUGCCAUCCACGGACCACGCCUUCGAACGGCUUUGCCUAUUUAAACCCCCUCACCCUCCUCCCAUUUCAACACAUCUCUCUGUUUCUUUACGCUUUGAGUUUGAGUUUGAUUUUGAUUUCUCUCUUUCUCGGCGAUUUUGGGCUUGGUGGUGUUAGAAACCUGAAAAGUUGAAAUGGAUCAUGAAGACUGCUACCAGUAUGAUCAGACAUCAAAAUAUGACUGUCUUCUAUUUGAUAUAGAUGAUACCCUUUAUCCCCUGAGCUCUGGGUUGUCAGCACAAAUCACAAAAAAUAUUCAAGAGUAUAUGCUUCAAAAGCUUGGCAUGGAGGAAGAUAAAAUUUCUGAAAUGUGUGCUUUACUCUACAAGCAUUAUGGGACGACAAUGGCUGGUCUCAGGGCAAUCGGCUAUAAUUUUGACUAUGAUGACUUCCAUAGUUUUGUUCAUGGGAGAUUACCCUACGAGUUGCUAAAACCCGACCCUGUUCUGAGAAGUCUUCUACUUAGCUUGCCUAUUCGAAAAGUGGUUUUCACAAAUGCGGAUAAGGGUCAUGCAGCUAGAGUGCUUAAUAGGCUUGGUUUGGAGGACUGCUUUGAAGGGGUUAUAUGCUUUGAGACUCUGAAUCCCAUCAACAAAAGCAGCGUUUCUGAGGCUGAGCAUGGCUCUGAGCUUGGAAGCUCCGGAACUGGCUCUGCUGGAAUUUGUGACAUUAAUCAUCUUCUUAGUGUUGGUUCAGUACUUCCAAGGACCCCAAUUAUUUGCAAACCAUUUACAGAUGCAUUUGAAGAAGCUUCCAAGAUAGCCGAAAUCGAUCCUCGAAAAACAUUGUUCUUUGACGACAACUUUCGCAACCUGCAAGGUGGGAAAAGUGUCGGCCUCCACACUGUGCUGGUUGGCUCUUCCCACAAAACAAAAGGUGCGGAUUAUGCACUGGAGAGCAUCCACAACAUCAGGGAAGCAUUACCAGAGCUCUGGGAAGCCAAUGAAAAGUCAGAAAAUGUCAUGCAUGCUGGAGAGAUUGCAAUUGAGACACCAGUUAGAGCCUAGUUUAUAAGUGUUUGUGAUGAAUAAUGAAAUAUUUGGUAUGUAUGUCACCCACGUCACUGUAUUAUUUGUGUGGUGGCUAUGUUGUUUCUCUAUUACAAUUAUCAAUGAUAUCAAAGGCUCUUUCUUGAAUUUUGUUCA